UAGCAGUUGCGUCGUAAAAGUGGGAUUUUUGGGAUGAGCAAAGUAUAUAAACAAAAUAUUUCUCUGAUGUCAUACUUUUUAAAAGAAUAGUUCUUUACAUGCUGUGGUUCGACAUAGCUCUUUACAAGUUUAAAUUUUGAAUCUUUAAUUACAAAAAGAGAGUCCUUUAAAAAUGUAAAGAUAGCAAUGAAACAUGUGUUCGUGUAUUAUUGAGAGAUGAAUUUAUAUUUUGUAAAUUCAAAUAAACAAAUGUGAAAAUAAUGACAGUUAAUAGAAUAGUGAAAAACUAUAUUUUGUAGCAUUUUAAAAGACAAUUAAAAAUUUUAUUUUGUGGUACCUAGUUAUUGAAUUUCGAAAAUUAUAUCAUAAUCAAGAUGGUUUUCGAAUCAAUUGUAGCUGAUCUUUUGAACAAAGUUCUAGGAGAGUACAUCCAAAAUUUGGAUUGUACACAAUUAAAGCUCAGCUUAUGGGGUGGCGAUGUAGUCCUGAAGGACUUGUUAAUAAAUGAAAGUGCACUUGAUAUGCUAGAUCUGCCAAUAAAAUUGGAAUAUGGUCGAUUAGGCAAAUUAGUUCUUAAGAUUCCAUUCAAGGAUAUGUGGAAUGGUCAGAUUGAUGCAGUUGUUGAAGAUUUGUUUAUUUUAAUAGUUCCAACAAGUCAGGUGAAAUAUGAUGCCGAAAAAGAAACGAAGGCGCAAUUGGACGCGAAAAGGGCUGAGCUUGCGAGAGUGGAGAACAAGAAACGAUUGGCUGAACUUAAAUCCAAGGAGAAAGUUGAUGAUUCCAUGAUGGAAAAACUUGUUGCCCGAAUGAUAAAAAAUAUUCAUUUGGAAAUUAAAGGAAUUCAUGUGCGUUAUGAAGAUCAUAUAUCCUUUAAAGAUCUCUCAUUUUCCUGUGGUAUCACACUGAAUAGAUUUGCAUUAGAGAGUUGCACAGAUGCUUGGCAAACAACCGGAAAUCUAAAGGAUAUGUAUGCGAUUCAGCAAAUUUUCAAACUCUGUACCAUGGACGCUUUUGCCGUUUAUCUAAAUCCAACUGUAAAGCUUUUCAGCAAAGAACCACGAGACACUUAUUUAAAAAUAUUCAAAGAAUCAAUUGCAACUGCUGAUCUAAUACCAGAAGGAUUUUUGUAUUUAUUGGGUCCAAUAAAUGUGAAGGCAAAAUUAAAACUUAAUCCGAAACCGGAAACUGACGGUAGUGAUUAUACAAUACCAAAAGUAUGGCUCGAUCUUGAAAUGCAAAAAUUGAGAGUUGGAUUAACGAAAAAACAAUAUCAAGCUCUUAUGCAGCUGGGUGAAGGAUUAGAUCGUGCUAAUAAAGCUGGGCCCUACAGAAAAUACAGACCUAAUUUAACGUCCUAUCGAGGUCACUAUAAACAAUGGUGGAAUUUCGCAUACACGAGUGUAUUAGAGGAAAAUAUUCGAAGACCACGGAGAAAUUGGGAUUGGAAUCACAUGAAGGAACAUCGAGAUACAUGCAGAACUUACGCUGAUGUUUAUCAUACAAAAUUGACAUCGAAACGAUGUCCCAGUGAUAUUGACAGUAAAAUAACAGAAUGUGAAAUUAAAUUGGAUAUUUUCAAUCUUGUUAUAAUUAGGCAACAAAUAGAAAUGGAGGUGGAAAAAUUGGCAGAAAAGGAAAAGAAUUUAAAGGCGAAACAAGGAUGGUUCAGUAGUUGGUGGGGAUCAGGACAAAAUGACGAGGAAGAAGCUGGAUUAAAUUCUGCAGCUGCAAUUAUGAAAAAAUUGGAGGCAGAGAUGACACCACAGGAAAAGGAAAAAUUGUAUCUUGCCAUUGAUUAUCAAGAAAAUUCCGCGCCAACUCAUUAUCCCGAAACAUUUGAAAUGAUUGAUACGAAAUUUUUCCUGCAUGGUCUUCAAAUCGUUAUUCUUGAUACUGAUAAAGAGUCUCCGCAGGUUUUAGAUCUGCAAUUCAAUAACGUUUUGGCAACCUUUAAAUCAAGGCCAUCGGCAAACGGAAUUUCUGUUACUGCCUCGAUUGGCGACUUGAAAUUAUUGGGCGUUCAACAAGGAGAAAAAAUACCAUCGCUUUUUAAUUCCGAAAGCAGCACUUCAGACAGUAAUUUGUUUUCUGUGUCAUAUGAAAAAAAUCCAUUGGAUAAAUUAUGCGGAGAUCGUGUAAUUGUUAAAUCUGCGUCUGUUCACAUCGUUUAUGAUGCACAAACAAUUAUAGAAUUAAUCAAUUUAUUCAAAGUUCAAGAUCCAACGACAUUAAAUCAACUUCAAGCAGUCGCUGCUGAGCGAUUGGUUGGCCUGAAAGAAAUGUCUGCCUUAGGUCUUGAAUAUGCUAUUCAAAAACAUUCCGUCCUCGAUAUUCAGGUGGACUUAAAUGCGUCGCAAUUGAUAAUUCCCUACGGUGGAUUCUACAAUAGAACCGAAUCCUUAUUUGUUAUUAAUUUGGGUAGUUUGAAAAUUCAUUCUCUCGAGAAAGCAAAAGACGAAUCUGCGCAUUUAUCUGUUAAACAAUUAGUCAGCAUGGGGAAAAGUGAAGAAGAAAUUUUGUCUCAUCUCCGAUUGUACAGCUACGAUAAAUUUGUUCUGAAGAUUGUAAAUUUCCAGGCCCUUGUAACAAUGCCAAACGAAGAUUGGCGAAAUGCAUUAUCCGAUUCAGUGAGUCCAAUGAAAAUUCUUCAACCAACAACUUUAGAAGUGCAAUUUCACAAAUGCCUCAUUAUGGACGAUCCCCUUUUGCCGAAAAUGAGAGUAAUUGGACAAUUGCCGUCGGUUGAAAUUAACUUCGAUGAAAAUCGAUUACUGGAAGGUCUCGCAAUAGCACAAAGUAUUCCUUUUCCGGAAGAAGAUAAACCCGAAAUUGCCACAUCUUUAACAAAAUCACUCUCACAAUUGUCAUUAUUUAAAGACUUUUCGAAUAUGGUCAACAAACCAGAGAAGAAGGAAAAAGAUGUUACUCCCGUUAAACAAACGACGGAUUUAGAAGCGAAAUUCAUUAUGAAAGAGCUUACUAUUACAAUUUCAAAACAAGGUGUGCAACAAAUGUUGCCAUUUUUGAAAUUUCAACUUCUUAAAUUGGAAGCGGAGAUGCUGCAGAGAACUUAUAAUCAGGAAAUAAUGUUGAGAUUGGGUGGAAUUCAGGUGAAACAGUAUCACGAUACUGGAGAAGUUUUUAUGAUUAAUACUCCAAUGACAACUGGAAGUAAAGAAUAUUUGAUAAUCCUACGAUAUGUACAUGUCAAUAAGCGAUCUCCAGAAUUUGUCACAAUUCACGGAUCAGUAACGCAAUUAUUGGAAAUGGAGUUUACGACUCUAGAUGUUUUACUCCACCAGGAAGUGCUUGUUAACGUUCUAAAGUUUAUGACAAACAUUCAGGAAAAAAUAAGUACCACUACUGCAAUGAUGAAUGAGAAGAAAAUUAAGCAAAAAGUUAAUCGCACAGCUCAUUUGUCGACAAUUCAGGAAGACGCUACUACAUUUUUCAAAGAGCAUAUUCAAAAACAACGCGAUAGAGUUACACGUCGAAAGAAAGCACACGUUGAGAUAAUUGAUUUCAAAGUAAAAGCAAAAAUUGGAGAAAUCGGAAUUAAAAUGGCGUGUAAUAACAGAGACAUCGCAAGUUUUUUCGUAAAAGGCCUUGCUGCUGGUUACAUUAUGAAGGCUUCGUAUUCGCAAGCAAAUAUCAGUCUCUCUUCGAUAAAUAUUAAAGAUUUGAAUACAUCCUCUGUUUAUCGAAACAUUGUGUCGGUCGAGGACUCGGAAUCUCUACAGAUUCAAGCGGUAAUGAAUAAUUUAGAUGAUUACGAAACGGAAAAGAAUAAUAUGUCCAUCACGGUCAUUAUGGGUUGUCACAGAAUAGUUUUCCUCAAUGCUUUCGUCGCCAGUGUUAUGGACUUUUUGAAUAAUUUCCAAGCUGCACAAGAAGCAAUUAGAGAAGCUUCCGCAGCAGCGGCUGAAGCUGCAAAGACGAAUAUUAAAGACGUCCAGGAAAGUGCCGCACGCAUAGAAUUGGCAGUUAACAUUAAGGCUCCAGUUGUUUAUGUGCCGAAAAAUUCAAAAAGCGAUCAAUGCUUAAUGUUGGACAUGGGUAAUCUUACUAUUCGAAAUGUCUUCAAAAAAUUGGAAAUAUCAGAAGCAGAAUGCUAUCCAGUAAUUGAUGAAAUGAAAGUUGAAUUGCAAAAUUUGAAGCUAUCUAGAAUAACGUUAGACGUCGAGUCAUUUGCUGAAGAAGAUGAACUUCUUUUACUCCAACCAGUGAGUUUUACAUUACUUCUGAAGAGAAAUUUAUCCACAAAUUGGUAUAAAUCUGUGCCCGAUAUCGACAUGUCGGGUAGAAUGAACGAAAUACAUUUGCUACUGAGUCAUGAAGAUUACGUGAUGAUUAUGACAGUAAUGGAUGAAAAUUUAGGAGAACAGAACGAAGAUGCACAGUCAAGUAAAGUUGUUCCUAGAAAUGAGAGGAAAUCGCAACAGAUUGAUGAACUUCAAAGAACAAAAGUCUUUAAAACAGAGGCGGAAAUUGUAAGCAAAGUUGAAUCAGAUGAUAAUCAGAGGCAGAGACAGGCGCACACCUCGAUUCAGUUUGAAUUUAUAAUGGACAGUUUGGUGAUUGAAUUAUUUAGUGGAGGAACGAAAAAGCUUCACUCUAAAAGUUCGUCGUUGCAUUUGCCACAAAAUGGAUUGGGAACAUUUGGCUUGACGCAUUUUGCCAUCAAAGGUCGUAUGUUUGACGAUGGAUUGCUGGCGACUUCGGUGAUUCUCAUGAAUUGCACAUUAGACGACACGAGAUACAAUCGAAAAGGAGGUCUCGCUAGAAUCAUGGAGAGAACGUCUGCAAUUCCCAACAUGGGAGUUGUAGAUUACGAGCAGAAGAAGAGUUCUGCCAGAAGCAUGUUGGAUGUUACUAUCAGAAAAGGACCCAAUGACACUUUUGUCGAUUGUAGAGUCUUCUCAUUCAGUAUAAUAGUUUCUCUGGAUUAUUUGAUGAAAGUUAAGGACUUUUUCGCUGCCGAUGAAACUUCGAAGCAAGCCAUUCAGGCGUCGCAAAAAGUGCCUGAAACUAUUGUUAAGAAGAAAACAAUGCAAACUCCCGGGGAAUUGCCCAAGCUUACGAUUAAUUUGCACGUAGAAAAACCCGAUAUAAUUCUACUCGAAGACAUGGACGAUAUUGAUUCAAAUUGUAUUAUUUUAAACAGUGAAAUUUUGUUGAAAGUUCGAUUAAUGGGCGAACAUCAAGUUAUAUCUGGAUCUAUCAAAGACCUUUCGCUGACGACUGGAAUUUAUAAUAUUGAUAAGAGAGCGGAUUCCAUGUAUGAAGUUUUAAAACCCUGUAGUAUGAGUGUCGCUGGUUCUACACCGGAAGGCGAAGGUUUGCAUUUGGAUAUUUGCUUCACAGACAUUCAUGUCUCGGUGUCGCCAGGAGUAAUUGAAAUUUUAAAUAAAGUCGUUCAAACUAUAACGAAAAAAGAAGUGGAAGACAGUGAAAUUGAAAAACCAGGACCUAGCCAUGAAAAAUUAUGGUUGAUUUCUCCGUAUCAGGAAAAGGAAUAUUGGUUCUUGAAAACAGAAAUUGGAAUUGAAGCAAUUGAAGAUAUGAUUCUUGCUGAUGAAGAAUUUUUGCCUGCCUACAAACCAGAAUUGGCUAUUAUUUCAGCACCUGUUAUUUUAUUAACAUUGGAAGCUGGUGUUGGAAAUAAAACCCUGCCGAUGCUUCUCUUUCAUUUAGGUUUUCAGAGCAAUAUUAAUGAUUGGAGCACCAAAACGAUGGGUAUAGAAGCUUCAAUGUCACUAUUAGUUGCGUAUUAUAACAGUCGUCUUGCACUUUGGGAACCACUAAUUGAACCAAUUGAAGGACUUCACAAAGGAAAGCGAAUUUCUACUCCUUGGGAAUUAAAAACAAAGAUUCAAUUUAACGAUGUGAAUCAAGUAUCGAAAGGAGCGAGUGCUGUUACUCCAAGUACUGAAGGAGAACCGGAGGAAUUGCAGCAAAUUUCCAAAAUGUCAAUAGAAGUUUCAUCAACGGAAAAUUUAGAGCUAACAGUGACGAAGACGUGUUUGGAUGUAUUGAAACAACUUGGAAAUGCUUUCUCUAAUGCAAUGGCACCGGGAGGAAAAUCAGGCAAAAGUAAAAUGGCUCCAUUUAUAUUGAAAAACGAGACUGGAUUAUCUAUGACUCUUCAUUUGGAAAAUGGAAAUUUCAAGGUUGUAGAGCAGGGAAAAAAUAUGGACGCUGAUAAAUCUGAAUACAACGAAAUAAUUCUCGAGGCAGGUGCUUUGGUACAAUUAGCCCCUAAAUUUGGCAAAAAGGAAAUAAAAUUACUUGAGGAACUAAGAGCAGAUCAUGUUAAGCAGAACACUCAGCACAAAUUAAUUGUUUCGUUGAAAGGAAUUCAGGGUAAACUUGAAGUACCAGUACUUAGAGCUGAUAAACGAUUCUUUUCACUGAAACACAGAAAAGAAGGUUCUGAAGAAUGGGGAAUAGUUUCUGAUGUUGUUGUCGAUGAGGGUAGCACAAUUGUCACAUUGAGGAGCGUUUUACAGGUGUAUAAUCACUUUAAUGUGCCAGUUUCUGUCUAUUUUAUGACGAAACGAGGAAACGAAGUCGAAUGCGUGGGCACUGUAAAUCCCGAGGAACGUUUGAAUCUUCCAUUGGAUGCAGUCUACACUCCAACAAAUAAUUACUGGCUUUUCUUUAACAUCAAAGGGUACAUGGUUUCGAUAGAACCGUUUAUUUGGAAAGAUCUGCAAAAAACAAUUUCCAUGAAGAAACUUCUAAAAUGUGAAUCUCGUACAAAUAAAGAAACAACCGCACCAUUUUAUAUUCAGGCUGUUGGUGAAAUUGAACAAGUGUAUUUUGAAAAUACAACUCGUCACACGAUGGCGAGUACAAUUUACAACGUUCAUCUGUAUCCGUCAGUGUACCUGAAGAAUUUCCUACCGAUUGAUAUUCUCGUUUGUCAACCUGGCAAUGCACAAGACAUAAAAGUUGAAGCUAGUAAAACUCUACAAUUAUCGACAAUAGAUCCCAGUAAAUCGUCAAUAGUAAUUAAACUACCUCAGUAUUUGGAGAAAGACUGGUCCUGUAAUGUGGACAUUACUCCGAAUCCACCAGAAUUUUCCGUUUGGUCCUUCGAGUCCUUUGACAGUGCGCAAAGAGUAAUAAUGGAUUUAGGAAUUCAUUCAUCAUUCCAACAUGGAUCCGUAAUAAUGGCUCUCUAUUGUCCAUUCUGGAUGCUAAAUAAAACUGGACUGAUGUUAUCCUACAGAAAAUCAAGUAAAGGUGGAAAAAUACACUCGAGUCCAUGCAAGAGUCAAGAGGAUCAAUUGAAUGUACUUUAUCAUCCGGAACAUUAUAAAGGACCAAUUCUCUUUUCGUUUAAAUCAAAGGCGUUCUUUGGCAAAAAGAAAGCGAUGAUUCGUGUUGAAGAUGGUGAAUGGUCGGAUAAGUUUUCUAUUGAUGUUGCUGGAAGUAAAGGAGUUGUUUUGUGUAAAUACAAUGAUAGAACUUAUCAGAUUGGUGUACAUAAUCAGUUAACGUACAACUCUUUAACGAAACAAAUCACCUUUACUCCAUAUUACGUUCUUAUAAACAAUUCGAGUUUCCUUAUCGAGUGUCAGGAAGGCGAUCGACCAGCUGAUCCUGCAAUUUUAGUCCCAGCUGGUGAAUGUGCAGCUCUUUGGCCCCGAUCCGAGCAAGAAAAGAAAACUUUGAAAGCAAAUGUGUCCGGACAUAAGGAGAAAACGGCUCCUUUUCUCUAUACAAACGUUCAUACAACUUUAUUAAAAUUGAACAACAAGUUUGGAGGAAUAAACGUAGACAUUCAAAUUAACGAAGGUGGAAUUUACAUUUCAUUGUCGGCUUACAAUCAUGGAAAUGCUCCAGCGUUAAUCAUGAAUCACACGAGUCAUACAAUUAACAUUUGGGAAAAAGGUUCCAUUAACAUUAGAUCCGUUCAGUCCUUCAAUCAAAUGUUUUACACUUGGGAGAAUCCAGUGGGACCGAGAUUAUUGUUAUGGGAAGAUGGCAACAAACGGGAAAUAGAGGAUGAUCUUCGAAAAGAUAAUUUGGGAACGUUCAAAAUACCGGACAUUGAUGAGGAAGUUUAUUAUGUCUCGUUUCUUGAUGGAACACAGAGAAUUCUUUUAUUCACAACGAGUUUAAAAGUAGCCGAAGAUUGUCAGCUUGCUGGCGAUCUUGAAGUGAUUGAUCAAGACAUUACUUUAAGUAUUCAUGGAGUUGGAUUGUCGCUUGUAAAUAAUGUCACUAAAUCGGAACUUUUGUACAUGUGCAUUGCAAGUUCGGGAAUAAUUUGGGAGAAUCGAAAAACCGUUGGUGGUCGUUGGCGUGCUUUAGAUUCGAGGGAAGUUGGCCUAAUCGAAGAGGGAUAUCAACGUUACAUGAAAGAAGUGCAAGUUGAUAAAGAAACACACUAUCGAGUGAUGCUUGAACCUAAAUUCGAGGUCGACUAUCUGAAUAUGGAAAUGCUGCGACCAAGUCGUCGAUACAUGCGACGAACUUUCCAAACUGGUUUAUGGAUUCAAUAUCGCACAUCAAGUCAUCAAGUUCAUUUGCAUGCGAAAAUUAAUAAACUUCAAAUUGACAAUCAACUUUCCGAGUGUAUUUUCCCUGUUAUUUUGGCGCCAGUUCCACCGCCAAAGAGUGUUACUCAAAGUACAGUAAUGAAACCGUUCGCCGAACUUAGUAUUGUGAAACAAUUAUUGGAACACAGCUCAGUUCAACAAUUCAGAUACUUUAAAGUUCUCAUUCAAGAAUUCCAUGUCAAAGUUGAUAUUGCAUUUAUGAACGCUUUAUCCGCCUUGUUCGUGGCUGACGAAGCUAAUGAAUCACAAGAGAGUGAGCUCUUCCAGUCUGACAUGAAAUUGGUGGAUGAACCGCUUAUGCAUCAUGUAAAUUUGAUCACAACUGCUGAGCAAAAGAACUUUUUCGAUUUGCUUCAUUUCUCUCCACUGAAGAUACACAUAAGUUUUUCAAUGUCUGGAAGCAGUGGCGAAUCGUCCGGAGUGCCUCAAGUUCUAAACGUCUUGCUUCAAGGAAUUGGUGUAACUUUAACGGAUAUAAACGAUAUUGUUUUCAAAUUGGCGUAUUUCGAGAGGGAUUAUGUGUUUAUGACGCAUAAACAAUUAAUUUCAGAGGCAACAAAUCAUUACGUGGGUCAAUCAAUUAAACAGGCUUAUGUUUUAAUUUUGGGUCUCGAUGUUAUUGGAAAUCCCUAUGGACUCGUCGUUGGUACAAUGAAAGGAAUUGAAGAUUUGUUCUACGAGCCUUUCCAAGGAGCAAUUCAGGGACCUGGAGAAUUUGCCGAGGGCUUGUUCCUUGGAGUUAGAAGUAUGCUCGGACACACUGUCGGCGGAAUGGCUGGCGCCGUCUCCAAAAUCACAGGAGCUAUGGGCAAAGGACUCGCUGCUUUGACGUUCGACAAGGAUUAUCAAAGAAAGCGACAGGAGCAACUCAACAAACAGCCGGCGAAUCUUCAGGAAGGUCUUGCACAGAGUGGAAAAGGAUUAUUUAUGGGCGUGUUUGAUGGUGUAACUGGCGUGGUGACAAAACCAAUUUCCGGAGCAAGAGAAGAAGGUGUCGAAGGUUUCUUCAAAGGUUUCGGUAAAGGAGUCGUCGGCCUCGUUACCAGACCAACCGCUGGUGUUGUUGAUUUCGCGAGUGGAUCUUUCGGAGCUGUUAGACGCGCAACUGAAUUGAAUGAAGAAGCAAAACGAGUUAGGCCUCCCAGAUUUUUCCAGCAUGACAAUCUUGUCAGACCCUACAUCCGUAUAGAAGCCGAGGGCAAUAAAAUUCUUUGUGAAUUGGAGAAAGGAAAAUAUGCAAAUACUGAUAUUUACUUCUAUCACUUGUACAUAAACAAAGAUGUUGUUCUUUUGACGGAUAAGAGAAUAUUGUACUUAGAAAGAAAUGACAUCUUUGGCGGUUGGAAGGUUGAUUGGUCACAUACAUGGCAGGAAAUUAGCGAAUCAACUGCCGUAGCAGAGAAAGGUGUACAACUUUGCAUCAAAGACACAAAGAAAAAGAAACUGGGGAAAUUAUUUGGCAGUAGUGAUCAUGUAAAACUUCUCCUUAUUCCCGAUUAUCUGUUGAAACAAGUUCUCUGUAACAAGAUUCAUGAGCAAAUUCGACAAAAUGAGGUUUAAAAUAAAAGUCAAUGCAACUCCACACAAUUAAUGCAACGAAGUCAUGUAAAAAGAAAACACCAAGUAUGUAUGAUUUUUUCUAAAA